UAGUUUGUGUUUCAUGGGGAAAGAAAGCAAAGUUGUUGUUUUUUCCCCCCAAAAAAACUAGUCCACGCUCUUAUCUAAGCAGCAUACGCUCAGCACAUCGGGUGAACAUGUAGAGAUGGAUUUUAUGACGCUUUUUGGCACCGUUAUCGCCGUUCUAUUCCACCCUGGCUCCUCUUCUAAAAUAAAUGGUGAGAGAAUCUGUCGGCGUGGGACAGAGCGCCCGUGCUACAAAGCGUUCUACAUCCAGGACAGCAGAAGGAGGCUGACCUUUGAGGAUGCCAGAAAGACCUGCAGGGUGGACGGAGGAGAGCUGCUCAGCAUUGAGACAGAGAGCGAGCAGCAACUCGUGACAAAGUUCAUACAAGAGCUGAGGGUCGGAGAUGGCGAUUUCUGGAUUGGACUCCGCCGCAGCUCGCAGCGCCACCGGACAGCAAACACAAGUCCAGGCUGCCCCUCACAGUAUUAUUGGUUGGAUGGAAGUAAAGCCAAGUACAGGAAGUGGAACUGGGAUGAGCCAUCGUGUGGAAGUGAAAUGUGUGUGGUUUUGUACCACCGGCCCUCUGCACCACCUGGCGAAGAGGGUCAUUUCCUGUUCCAGUGGAAUGAUGAAAACUGCAGUUCCAAGAACAACUUUGUCUGCAAAUACCGGGAGGAAAAACUGCCAGUUUUUAUUGGCGACAGGAGCACAGCACAUCCAGAUUCAUCUCAGAGACCAAACAAUGUGUCACCUACUGAGGUUCAAAUAAGAUUACCUGAGUCAUCAGUGUCAUUCUCAGACAACAACCUCUACGUUUCCUACAUCCUAUAUUCGACUAUUCCUGCUUUGCUGUUGCUGAUGCUUGGAGCCGUUGGGUUCUUCUGUUACAAAUACCGCGCAAAAAGGAGAAAGACUGCCACAGAAAGCUGUCCCGGCACAUCAGAGCCCUGGAUGUCAUCGCCGGCUUCACUUUGUCCCGUACAAGGACCUUACGCCUUCAGUGACGUUACCAAGCUGCCUCACACAGCGGAGGACUGCCGAAUGCAAGCAGAUAGCGUAACAAAGUACUCCUGUGCUCCUUCACAUGACUUCCAGUGUGAUGACUAUGAGAACGUGUCACGUGUGGACAAAGAGAGCGGCUUCGUGACCAACGACAUCUACGAGACCUGCCGAGCUCAAAGCUGGCGCGGCCCCAGUAAGACUGGAUGGGUGGAAAAUGAGAUCUAUGGAUAACGGUGUUGAUGCCCGUCAUCAGAUGACCAUCAUUGACUCACCAGUGAAUAAAUAUGACCCAGCAGUAUAGAGGAACUCAAACUUUUCCUUUUUUCCUUGCUUGCAUUUCUUUCUGGUUAUGUAUUAGGCGCAAAAUGGCUAAACAUAUAGCAGUGUGCGGGUGGAUUUAAAUAGACGGGAUAUCUCAAUAUGAAUAUAAUUGUGUGUAUCUCAAGUGCUUCAUCAAGGACAACAAUUCAGUGCUAAGAUUCCAUAUUGACAGUACAAUGCAAGUCUCGGAAUACCCCUUCAUGCACUGACAGGACAAUGUGCUUCUUUACUGAGUUGUUUUUA